GUACGCAACCUUAUGUUUGUUUUUCUCUUUUCGUAUUAAUUCAAAAACGUUGACUAACCAUAGACAAUUGAUAUUAGGAGCAGAGAUUAAAUUCCAAUAAUUCAAAUGCCCUGUAAUUUCUUAGAAGUGUAACCCAGUUGUCCGCCUAUUAAGAGUCCGCAUCAUCACUUCGAAAACGACGACGUCUAGCGUGCUUUGUUAUUAAAGAAAAUUAGUGUCAGAAAAAGUGCGUAACCAGUCGCUUCCAGUAGCACAUUUAAAACGCAUCAGCAUCCGAGCGAACGAACGAAAGACCGGUGAAACUCGUCAGACAACGACCCUCUGUAUAGAGGCUAGGUAGAGAAGGCCCAAUCGACAACAAUUGUUUCCCUCCAGUUCCUCGCUCCCCCCUCAUGGCAGUUUAUGCAGGCGACAGUGUUCAGUCCGCUCGUGGAGUGUAGAGUGAGGUGUACGAGGAACGUGGGGCCGUCUGUGCCAACAUUAAUUGGCCCUCUUUUCUUUUAAGUUAAAACAAAUUGAGUCGUGUAUUAGUGUAAAGUAAUUGUUUAAAUCAUCCAACAUGUUUGACGUUUUCGGCUCCGUUAAGGGGCUCCUCAAAAUCGAUCAAGUAUGCAUCGACAACAACGUUUUUCGACUACACUACAAAGCCACCGUUAUCAUACUCGUGGCGUUCUCUUUGCUGGUCACCAGCCGACAAUAUAUCGGCGACCCUAUCGACUGUAUUGUCGACGAAAUUCCUUUGAAUGUAAUGGACACCUACUGUUGGAUUUACUCGACAUUUACCAUCCCGAACAGACUUACGGGUCGUAUCGGACAAGAUCUGGUACAACCAGGAGUUGCAAGUCACGUUGAUGGCAAGGAUGAAGUCAAAUACCACAAGUACUACCAGUGGGUUUGUUUUGUCCUUUUCUUCCAGGCCAUGCUUUUCUACAUUCCUCGUUAUCUUUGGAAGACCUGGGAAGGCGGAAGAAUUAAAAUGUUGGUACUCGAUCUCAACUGUCCCAUCGUCAGUGAAGAUUGCAAAACCGAUCGCAAAAAGCUUCUGGUGGAUUACUUUACGAGUAAUCUACACAUGCAGAACUUCUACGCGGUUCGAUUUUUUAUAUGUGAAGCGCUCAAUUUCAUCAACGUAGUUGGUCAAAUUUUCUUCAUGGAUUUCUUCCUCGACGGUGAAUUUAGCACCUACGGUAGCGAAGUCAUUCAUUUUACGGAAAUGGAGCCAGAAGAACGGGUGGAUCCAAUGGCUAGAGUAUUUCCAAAAGUUACAAAGUGCACUUUUCACAAAUAUGGUCCGUCCGGAUCGGUGCAAAAGUUCGACGGUUUGUGCGUGUUGCCGUUGAACAUCGUCAACGAGAAAAUCUAUGUGUUCCUAUGGUUCUGGUUCAUUAUUCUCAGCAUCCUGUCAGGCAUCUCGUUAAUUUACAGAGCGGCCGUUGUUAUGGGUCCUAAGCUGAGGCUCUACCUUCUAAGGGCUCGUUCAAGGUUAGCAGCUAACGUCGAAAUAGAAACAAUAGCCAGGAAGUGCCAAAUAGGAGACUGGUUUAUUUUAUGUCAACUGGCUAAGAAUAUCGACCCGCUGAUAUACAAAGAGAUCAUAUCAGAUUUAGCGAAAAAAUUCGAGGGCAAGGAAAGUGUUUAGUCGCGGCAGAUCUAAUUUGAUUAAAUAAUUGAUGUUGGAUAGUGUUUGUGUCUUUUGUGCUAUAGUGGCAUAGUAACGGACACAAGUUGAUGGCGUGUUGACCAGGGGCCAUUUGCGCGCCCAUGUUCAUACAUAAUAGGUACAUAUAAAUGUAUGGAUGUUGAAAUGCUCACUUUCAUUCCGAACAAAGCAAAAUUUAGGUUAAGGGACCAAACGUUCUGUGAUUGCAGGAGCAAAAGACUGUAGAAAAGCAUGGCCAACUUUGUAGUAUGGCUGUGAUAAAUUAUUUGCGCGUACAAUAUGGUGAAACUCGUUUUUAUUAUUGUGUAGUAAUUUUUGCGAUUAUUAUUAUCGAUCAUUCCAAGGUCUCUUAUUACUCUUUUUUUUUAUUUUUUUAUUACGCAUACGCAUGUGUAUUGUCAAAUUCCAUUUAUCUUACGAUUAGUGUAAUUUGUGUAGAUAAAACUGCCAAACGUUUCAAUUUUCGAUGCAAUUUUUAACAAGCUCUAGGAUAAUUAAUUAUAUGCAGGCUCACUCAUAUUUCGGAGGCCGUUCUGGAACAACGCUUGCUAUACAUCGGGACCACUCUAACAGUAAAUAAAGCUACUACGUUAAAUUAUGAUUGCGUUUUUUAAACAUUCGACGAUCCCUAUAUUUAUUGUCUGAACAUACGAAUUUUCAUUUUAAACGCAUAUGCUUCAUUACCCUUUUACUAUUGGAAGAGGCAGUUUUUAAUCGUUCUUAGUAGUAAUUCAUUGUUGUACGUAGUAGAUGUAUUCUGUCGGUGUGGUCCUACUUCCGCUAGGUUUCUUUUGCUUAUAAGAUUAGCCUCGAGCGGAUUUAUCAUUUAGUUCCGGAACGUAUUCUCUGUGAUAGAUCUGACAUUCUUAGGUGAAAUAAUAAAAUACAUUCUAACUAUGUUAUUGUGUUUUAUACAUUAUGCAAUGUGAUGUGUAGUUUAAGAGUAUGUAUACAUAUAUAUAUUAUGAUGUAUGUAUAUGCAUAUUGGUAUGUUAACGACGCGGUUUAAAAGUUUUGAUAAUUGAAAAUAAUAUAUUGACGACGACGACGACGACGGAUGACGGGCUUUUCUUGCCUAGGUAUAUUAUUAUUAUUAUUAUUAUAAUAGUAAUUUUACAUCAGUAAUAAACCGUCAGUGCCUUAAUAUAAUUUAUAACAUAAUUACAAAAUACAGAUUAUAAUUUUGCAUGGUAAUUUAUCUCGGGGUACCAACAAUAAUUGUGAAUCUUCUGCCGCUAUACAUGCUGUCUUAUCUUCUCUUAUGCAAUAAAGAUAUAUUUUAUCAGC